GUCACAGUCAUCGUUUGUGGCAGUGUAAUUCAAACUUUCACGCAAAAUGGAUUGGCUUACGAUCGUCUUCCUACUGAUUCUCGCUCUCCUUAUUCUGUACGAAAUUCACAUUCGGCUACUUCCCAGUAAUCAAGCAUCGAAGCAAUAUCCCGGGCCACGUCGUUUACCCAUUCUCGGAAAUGCAUUAAAGCUUCUGUUCAACGAUCAGGUUAGCACAUUUAAACUACCUCGAAGCUGGGCCCAACAAUACAAGGACUCCUAUCGCUUGGUGAUCCGCGGUGGUUUAAUAGUCAACGCCAUACGGGCCCGUGAAACCGAAGCACUUCUAUCCAGCUCAAAACUAAUCGACAAGAGUUUGAUCUACACGUAUCUGCAUCCUUUCAUGGGAGUCGGACUGUUGAACAGUACCGGGCAGAAGUGGUUCCAUCGGAGAAAGAUCCUCACGGCAGCGUUCCAUUUCAAUAUCUUGCCAAAGUUUUUGGUAACCUUUCAGGAGGAAUGUGACAAAGUUCUUAUGAAAUUAGACGCAGAUGUUAAGGGAGGUAGAACAACAACGCUACAGUCAUUGGCGGCACGUUUCACGUUAAAUACUAUUUGCGAAACCGCUAUGGGAGUCAAACUGGAUUCGAUGUCAAUGGCCGAUGAGUAUCGUGCGAAGAUUCAAGAAAUGGUAAAGCUACUAUUGAUGCGCGUUAUGAAUCCUUGGUUGGUCGAAGACUUCACUUACCGAUUGUUGGGCUUUAAGGCUCAACUGAUGAAACUCCUUGAACCGAUUCAUGCUUUUACCAGAAGCAUAAUAAAACAGCGAAGAGAACUAUUCCAUGCAAACGUUAAAAAUCUGGAAGACUUCUCGGAGGAGAAUAUCUACAUGAACACCAACCAGCGGUACGCUCUGUUGGAUACCCUACUGGCGAGUGAGGCGAAGGAUCAAAUCGAUGAGGAAGGAAUCCGCGAAGAGGUGGAUACGUUCAUGUUUGAAGGUCACGAUACAACUGCCUCAGCAAUCACAUUCACAUUUCUCGUAAUAGCCAACCACCAAGAGGCACAGCAGAAGUUAAUCGAAGAACUUGACACCAUGAUUGCAGAACGCGGAGCUCCCAAUGAUCCGCUCAGCAUUCAUGACUACGGCCAGCUUAAGUACAUGGAUCGACUGCUCAAGGAAUGUCUGCGUCUGUAUCCUCCGGUGCCGUUCAUUAGCCGUGCCAUUCUGGAAGAUGCGUGGCUCGGUGAUCGAUUCAUUCCGAAAGAAUCGAUGGCGAAUGUGCACAUCUUUGAUCUGCAUCGGGAUCCCGAGCAGUUUCCGGAUCCGGAACGGUUCGAUCCGGAUCGGUUUUUGCCGGCGAAUGUGGAAAAGAGAAAUCCAUAUGCAUAUGUGCCCUUCAGUGCCGGACCGAGGAAUUGUAUCGGUCAACGCUACGCAAUGUUGGAGUUGAAGGCAAUCCUUUCCGCAGUGUUGCGCGAGUUUCGAGUGCUGCCGGUUACUAAACGAGAAGAUGUGGUGUUUGUAGCCGACAUGGUCCUCCGCUCGAGAGACCCUAUCGUGGUGAAAUUUGAACGACGUCAAGCUUCUGCUGCAGCUGUUUAAGGGGCCAGAGUAUGCAAGGAGUGUUCUCAUCUUUUCUACGCACAAAAAGUGAGUUGUUCUACAGUAAAAGGGCCUAUCAAGAAGUCAUAUUUGCGAAUUGUCAUAUGUAUACCAUAAUAUAAGAUUUGAAUAAAUUUUGUUUUUUUAA